GCGCGGCCUGUGGACUGAGCGGCGCGGACCACUUGAGGCGGCCAUGAUCGAGCAACACAAGAGGAAGGGUCCGGAGCUGCCGCUCGUUCCCCUCAAGCGGCCCCGUCAUGAACUGCUGUUGGGAGCGGCGGGACCGGGGGCCGGGGCCGGGCCUGCUGCGGGGCAGCAGCCGCCGCCGGGGGCCCUGCUACAAGCGGGUCCUCCCAGAUGUUCCUCCCUUCAGGCUCCCAUCAUGCUGCUGUCAGGACAUGAAGGGGAAGUAUACUGUAGCAAGUUCCACCCCAAUGGAUCCACCUUAGCGUCUGCAGGAUUUGACCGGCUCAUCUUGUUGUGGAAUGUGUAUGGGGAUUGUGAUAAUUAUGCCACCCUGAAAGGACACAGUGGGGCAGUCAUGGAGUUGCAUUAUAACACAGAUGGGAGCAUGCUCUUCUCAGCUUCCACAGAUAAGACUGUUGCUGUGUGGGAUAGUGAGACCGGAGAGAGAAUUAAGAGGCUGAAGGGGCACACUUCCUUUGUGAAUUCCUGUUACCCUGCCAGGAGGGGCCCCCAGCUAGUCUGCACUGGCAGUGAUGACGGCACAGUGAAGCUUUGGGAUAUCCGGAAGAAAGCAGCUGUCCAGACAUUUCAGAAUACAUACCAGGUAUUGACUGUGACCUUCAAUGACACCAGUGAUCAGAUUAUCUCUGGUGGCAUCGACAACGACAUCAAGGUCUGGGACUUGCGCCAGAACAAGUUGACAUACACCAUGAGGGGCCAUGCCGAUUCUGUGACAGGCUUGAGUCUAAGCUCUGAAGGGUCUUACCUGCUCUCCAAUGCAAUGGACAACACAGUUCGGAUCUGGGAUGUCCGGCCUUUUGCCCCCAAAGAGAGGUGUGUGAAGAUAUUUCAGGGAAACGUACAUAACUUUGAGAAGAAUCUCCUGAGGUGUUCCUGGUCACCUGAUGGAAGCAAAAUUGCAGCCGGUUCAGCUGACAGGUUUGUAUACGUGUGGGAUACUACAAGCAGAAGGAUCCUUUACAAGCUGCCUGGCCAUGCUGGCUCAGUCAAUGAAGUGGCCUUCCACCCAGAUGAGCCCAUCAUUCUGUCUGCAUCCAGUGACAAAAGACUUUAUAUGGGGGAGAUCCAGUGAAGAUCUGAAGUGGAAGACUCCAGAGUUAUUGACCUUGAGACCUUGGUUUGCAGAAGCGGGAUUUAAUUGAAUGGCGUCGGGCCCUGUGUUCUCCCUGCCGACAAAGACCAUUACUAGCCAAAGGUGGAGGGUGAAUUUGCUUUCUCAGAUGGCCGUAUUUCCAAGGUGCCAUCUAUCCCAUCCUGACCAGGGUGACAGAGGCAACCUCCACUUACCUCCAGAAACCAUGCACCGAAUUUCUCGAAGAAACAAGGCUUCUUCCAAGGGACCGGCAUUGUGUUAGUGUGUAUUUCUCAACACAGGCAGAAGGUUGGGAUGGGAAAUUUGAACGAAAUGUCUUAGCUUUUUGUUUUGUUUUAUUUUUUGAUUCAGUAACUCGCUUGUAUGAUAUUUUCUGUCACUGUUUCUCUGAGUCAUUUUCUAUGAAAAGCUGAAUAGAUACCUUUUGACAAGAGCUGUGUAGAUGGAAUUUGUUGCUCUUUUCUUGGGAGCCUGAGCACCAUAAAUCAAAGCUGGAGCUGCGAUGUGGACAGGGCUACAAUCCAUAUCAGCUUCUGAGAAGCUGGUGACUUAGGUUCUGUUUCUUGUCUCUGUGUUUUGGGGACGUUUGCUCUACACCAUGAAAAUGACAAACCAGGAAUUUGUCAGUGACCAAAUCCCUUUCUCCUGUUGGGAACCGAGCAGCCAGGAGGCGAUAAAUAAAAGUGUGGAAGGCUCAGGGUCUGUAAUGGACAAGGCCUGGGCUUGCUCGGGUCUGCCACUGCCCCUUUUUAUCGGCCACUCUCCGCAUGAUCGGCAACCUUAGGGCAGCAACUCGUUAGGGAGGUGUCUUUUGGCUUGGAAACCAAAACUCAUUGAGAUGGAAUCUGCUGACAUCAUUAUUCCAGUGCCGUGUAUGACUCCAGUUCAUUAAUGCUCCUUUUUCCUGAGGGGACUGUAAGAAAUGCCUGUGUGUCUCAGUGGCCACUCCUUACACAUGCCUGGCUCAGUCACAAGGGGGAUCAGUCACCCACAUUUCUGGAGUGCUACAAGGGCUUUGCGGUGCUUUCCUCACAGCCCUGAGAGAUAGAGAAGUCUGUCCCAAGGACAUUUAGACAAGUGUCUUCACUUGCAUGGUCCUGGCAAUAAGGGGCCUUCAGCACAAACCCGUAUCAAGAGUAUUUAAUUUUACCUGUCUUUAUAUGGAAGUCUGGGAAAUCCAGGUCCCUGAUAGUUCUGGAGCUAAAGGAAGGGUCGUUACCCUGGGCUGGAGGUUGCCAACCUGUGGAAUGCAGGACCCAAAGUGGUCACCAGGCCUUCCCUCUCCCAGGCCAUUUCAGCUGUUUGCUUAAGUCACUGUCCUGACCCUCAAUUUGGCUUUGUGAGAGUCUGGUCCACACACCGCACCCCCAGUGUGGCCCAGCCAUUGUCACCUUUCAUCCCAGCUUCCUCUCCACCCUCCCCCCCAAGUUGUCAGAUGUUUUCAUUGACACGAGAGAAGAAGAGGGAGCAGAAUGAUAACACCCUGGUUAUGUCAACAGUGAGAGGAGGAGAGUCCCGAAAGCAGCAAAGAGCCCUACACGUGUUCCUAGCCUGUUCCUCAGGCUUGACCUCCCCAGGCCUCGGGGGAACCCUCUGUGUGGUUAUGGACAGCAGGGAAUAGUGACGGCGGUGAGAAUAUAAUCCCAGGGCCUGGGGAAUAACGAUUUUAGUACAAGCUUCCCCAAAGGAUGUAAAUUGUGUCUCUCACUUCGGGGGAGAUAGCCCCCAAAUGAGUAAUGGUGUUUCUGGUUUGCAGUUAAUUUCCCUUUAUGACUUUCCCAGCCUCCAGCAGUUAAUACUGUUGGCGCUGAAAAAACUAGCGUGCUUUUUCAGAUGGUUGUUUUGGGGUUUUUCCUACUUAAUAACCUGAAGAUGUAUCUGAAGGCCAUUUCUUUGUGUAUGUAGAUCCUGUUUCCCUGGCAAUAGGGUUUGAAGCCCUGUUCUAAUAAAGGCUCAGAUCAGUCAGCUGUG